GAGAGGACAAUUUUCUAAAUAUGUUAAAUGCAAUUUCCAAGAGAAUUCAAUUAACCGGCUGGAUUUCUUUGAUGUGUCCAUUUGGUUCUUGUACAAACACGACCACUCCAAAGUCCGAAAGCCAAACCACCGCCUUAGUUCUCCCGCCCUUUUUGCUAUUUAUAAUUUUAUAUCCUUUGCUAAACAAGCUCAAGUCAAGCCAACAGGUGCAUGCAUGGCAGCAAAAAUGGAGAAACUAGCCCUGUUUGCAUGGCUGCUCUUUUCUUUUUGCCUAUUGGGGUAUCUUAGCCUUGGUGAAGCUGACCGCCAAGGGGAUAUCCUUUUCAAGUUGCUUAUGUCUAGGAGGUCUGAAAAUUCUCAUGUUUCACAUUCUUGGGCUGGCUUGGAUGCCUUAAAUGAGUACUCUUCCGUCGGCAUUGAGCCACAAGAUGGGAAGAUGGAAUCUGACAAGAUUGAUGCAUUACCUGGACAACCUGAGGGUGUGGAUUUUGAUCAAUACUCAGGGUAUGUGACUGUUGAUCAAAAGGCUGGUAGGGCGUUGUUCUAUUACUUUGUCGAGUCGCCCCAGAAUUCUUCAACUAAGCCCUUGGUCAUGUGGCUCAAUGGAGGACCGGGAUGUUCCUCGUUUGGGUUGGGAGCCAUGACUGAGUUAGGACCAUUUAGAGUAAAUAGUGAUGGCCAAACACUCUUCAGGAAUGACUAUGCAUGGAACAAUGUGGCAAAUGUGAUCUUCCUUGAAUCUCCAGCCGGUGUGGGCUUUUCUUAUUCAAAUACAACCUCUGACUAUGACAAAGCUGGCGAUACGACCACUGCAAUUGAUGCCUAUACCUUUCUUGUCAACUGGUUUGAGAGGUUCCCUCAAUAUAAAACCAGGGAUUUUUUCAUAGCAGGGGAGAGUUAUGCCGGUCACUACGUGCCUCAGCUAGCAUACACCAUUCUCCUCAACAACAACAACACAAAUCAAACUGUUAUCAACCUCAAAGGCAUUGCUGUAGGGAAUGCGUUGCUGCAUGAGUCCAUAACUUUAUGGGGGAUAUAUGAUAAUUUAUGGACCCAUGCUAUAAACUCAGACGAAACGUACAAAGGAAUCCACAAGUACUGCGACUUUGCCAAGGAUUUUUUUUCAGAAAAAUGCUCGGAUUUCAUCCGUCAGUCCCUGGAUGAGAGAGGAGAUAUCGAUAUCUACAACAUUUACGCCCCAAUUUGCCUUGACACUUCUUUAAAAAAUAGUUCAAACGGUUCAGUGCACGACUUUGAUCCUUGCUCGAACUAUUACGUGGAGAAUUACCUCAACAUUAAAGAGGUGCAAAUGGCCCUCCACGCAAAUCAGAUUAUAUGGACCCAUUGCAGAGAUUAUGCAUGGACAGAUCGCCCAGUUACCACUCUACCUAUUAUCAAGAUUAUCAUGGCCAGUGGAGUGAGCGUCUGGGUAUACAGUGGCGACACCGAUGGACGUGUGCCGGUUGCUGCCACUAGGUAUUCCUUGAACACUCUGAAGCUUCCUAUCAAGGCUGCAUGGCAUGCAUGGUAUACCAACAGAGAGGUUGGGGGAUAUGUGGUGGAGUAUGAAGGAUUGAAAUUAGCUACAGUUAGAGGAGCAGGGCAUCUGGUCCCAAGCUACCAGCCUGAACGUGCACUGACCUUGAUCUCAUCAUUUCUUCAAGGGACUCUCCCUCCUUCCACACCAUGA